AUGAGUCCAAAGUCUCAGGUUUACGUGUUGUUUUCAACCUAUAUCAAAACAACAGAAGGCGUUGUGUUGAGCUGUGUUGAACAUUCUGAUUGUCCUCCCGGAGGCGCAUGUUUGCUUCCGGAUGUAAAGCAACCUGCCUCAAAAAAAUGUUACCCUUAUAUUGAUGAUUGUGCUAGUUCACCAUGUUUGAAUGGAGGGACAUGUAAUGACGGGAUCAAUUACUACAGUUGCACAUGUUUGCCUGGGUUUAGUGGAGAGAACUGUGAAAUAGCGUUCAGCGGUUGUGAUGAUUUGCAACCCGAGGACAGAGUAAAUGGGGAAUAUGUAAUCUACAAUAGCCAAGACGAGCCAUACAAAGUGUACUGCGAAUUCCACGCAAGUUAUGGCUACACGUUUAUAUCAAAAGAAGAUGUUGGGAAGGCUGACCUGAACCGCCUUCGGUCAUAUUAUACUGAAGUGUUGGUAAGAAAUUUGCGUUCAAAUGGGGAUCAGUAUGAUACUACAAUGGAACAGAUCAGUACUUAUUCUUCAUUGAAUAUAAGUAUCCAGUACAAUGCUAAUAUUGAUUAUAACACUCCAAUCAACAGUGCAACAUGGGGCUCUUAUUUGUAUGUUGGCUUCUUACCUAUAUCCAUCGCAGCAAGUCGAUCUACACAGGGAUACCGAGCAAACGGUAACGACUUCACGUUCAAAAAUUGUGAUAAGAAUCCAAAUAGCUACUUAGCUCUCUUUGUCAACCCAAACAAUAACGCUCCUCAUGGAAAAUACAGGAAUUGCUGCUACAAACCAUUGAUGAGAAAUUGGAUUGAAGAUGUUGCUACCCAGGCUCCAAAUUAUAUUCCUGAUAAUUACUUCUACCAGUUUGAGAUGCACAUGGGAGGCUGUGGUGGAUAUGCAAUCAAUGGCUACAACACUUUGGAUGACAUUCUUGGUGCAGCGUUAGGUUUCCGCUUUGAUAUCUAGAAGGACUCAAUUAUUGAUAAUGUAAAGAGAACAUAUAAGGCUGAAGAAAUUCUUUGUACGAUUUCAUGCGUUUAAGUACAUUUUUCAAAUGUUUAUAUAUAUUUAUUAUGCCCAUAUAUGUUUGUCCCCCCUUUUGAUGGUUAUACCCUAAUUACUAGGACAAAUAACAUGUUGUACAAAGUUGGGAACAUGUGUGUCUAUA